AUGUCGACUCGUGUCCUCCGCGCCUGCGACGGCUGCCGUGUCCGCAAGGUCCGAUGCAACGGCCAGCAUCCCUGCUCUCAGUGCGCCCAUCUGAACCUCGCCUGCAAGUUUGCGCCGCCCCCCGCCAAGCGCAAGCCCGGCGUGCGCGGCCGCCUGGUCGCCCAGCUUCGCAACAACCAGGCGCAGGAGCACACAACCGGCACCAGCACGGGCAGUAACAAGACGUCGCCAUUGACCGUCGCCGCGAGCAGCCCGCGCAGCAGCGACGCCUCCCCGCCCGCCGUCACCUCCAUCGCCGGUAUCGUCAACUCGGACCCCUACGCCGAGACCGCUCACCACACCCCAGCCUCCUCGUCCUCUCUUCCUACGACACCCUUACCCGUCGCCGCCACCGCCGGCAACACCGCUCCGUCGCCGCACCACACUAUCCGGUACUUCCUCGCCUACCUCGACCUCUACGAGGAGCAGAUCUACCCCGUCAAUCCCGUCCUCAGCUGCGACGAGAUGCGCGCCGCCGUCCGCAACAUGGACGUCAGCCUGCAGGACCGCGCACUCGUCUACGCCUCCACCGCCGUUACCAUCAACCUCACCCAGACGCUCCUCACCUCCGCUACCGACACCCUCACCGAGAUCGCGACCCUCAUGAACCUUAGCAUCGCUGUGCACCGGCAGGCCGAGACACGCCUCGAUAACAGCACCGCCUGGACGAGACCGGACGCGGGGCCCUCGGCCGCCAGCGUCAAGUUUGGGGAGCUCCCCGUCAAUUUCAAGCGCAUUAUGACGUGCGUCUUUCUCGAGAUAUGCAUGAUGGCCUUUAAGCGCUGGGACCGUAGCUUCAUGCUCCUCCGCGAGGCCAUCACCAUGAUCCAGGUCCUCAAUGUCCAGCAGUACGACGCCGCCAUGCCCUUCGACGGGUCCCUCAUCGACGGUUUCGACGCCCCCGCGGACGCCGCCACCUCCCCCGACCCCCUCCGUAACAACAACUACAACAAAAACGCCGCCGAAGCCACGGUACACGCCGGCAUGCGGCCUCGCGACGUCUUUCGGCUGCGCCGCGUCUACUGGGAGCUGUUCAUCCACGAGCGCUUCCUCUCCACCGUCACGGGCUUCCCCUGCGCGCAGCUCGCGCUGGCCGACGUGCCGCUGCACGACCCCACCAUCCCCGCGCACGUCGACCUCGGCUUCAACCGCCUCGCCAACCUGUUCCGCGUCCUCGACGGGCCCUUCCUCGCGCACUGGACCGCUCACAAGGACCCGACGACCCUGCACCACGUGCCCGCCAUGACCGCGCAGUGGGUCGAGAGCAAGCAGGCGGAGCUCGACCGCGACGAGGACGGCGCCGCCGCCGCCGAGCAGCGCCUCGCCGUCCAGCUCCGCAACAACACCACCACCGCCACCGGCCCUGCCGGCUUCACCGAGGUCCAGCACGUCGACCUCUUCAUCACGCGCGUCUGGCUGCGCACCCUCGUCUGGCAGUUCGCCCUGCACCACGGGCUUCUGCGCUCCGCGCCCCCGCGCUCCGCCCACGAGGGCCUCUCGCUGCACUUCCCCGCCCAGCGGCUCUCCGCCCAGCUGCGUGCCCUCGUCGACCGCCUCGGCAGCUUCUCCAGCGUGCUCACCCACGGCUCCGGCAUCCUGCACAAGCUCUUCGAGAUCACCUCCACCGUCGCCGACGUCCUCGCGCUGCCCCGCGGGCCUGGCCAGACGGAGGAGGGCGCCCGCGCGCGCCUCCAGGACUUUGAGUUCCUCGUGCGCUUCUUGUUCACGUUUGAGCGGAUAGAAAAGUCCCAGCGGGACUACCUCCGCGAGAAGCUGGGCGUGCUCGGGCGGCAGUACACGAUUGUCGACUUUGCGGGCCUGGCGGGGGAGAGUCCCAACGCAUGA